AUGCCUCGUUCCUACCCUGUCCUCCUCUUCUUCUCCCUUGGUCUCAUGCUCCGCUGUCACGCAACCAGCUCAAACUUUCUCUGGAUUAACUGUCCUCAUGAUGCCAACUACACCACCAACAGCACCUUCCAGACCAACCUCAACCUCCUCCUCGCCUCCCUCUCCUCCUCCACCGCCGCCACCGGCUACUCCAACGACACGGAAGGUCAGUCCUCGGACCAAGUCCACGGCCUUGCGUUAUGCCGCGGCGACGUCUCCUCCUCCGUGUGUCAGACCUGCCUCGACGCCGCCGUCCAAGACAUCAUCCAGUCGUGCCCCAACGGCAUGACAUCCACCAUAUGCUACGACGACUGCCUGCUUCGCUACUCCAACCAGAUGUUCUUCUCCACGGUGGACACCUCCUUCAGGUACUGGGCGUGGAACAUCCAGAACGUCUCGGAUCAGCAGCAGUUCGAGACCACGUUGGGGAAUCUCAUGGACGAUCUCACCGAGAAAGCAAGUAGCUCGCCCAAACUGUUCGCGGCUGGAUCGGCCAAAGUCACCAGCUUCGAUAAGCUGUACGGGUUGGUGCAGUGCUCGAGGGACCUGUCGGCGGACGAUUGUUACCGGUGUCUCCGGGACACGGUGACCUUCAUUCCCAAGUGUUGCAGUUGGAAGCAGGGAGGGAAGGUGUACGCCCAGAGUUGUUACCUUCGCUUCGAGUUGUAUCCUUACUACAACAUCUCCUCCGUGAACGCUCCACCGCCCCCGUCUCCGAGCAGCAUGACGGCCAACGAUACCGGGCCAAAUGAUGCCAGUGGAGGUAAGAAUAGACAUAAACACAGAAACAUUUUGUCAAUAGAAUCGACCUGA